AUGGAGUUCAGGUGGGUGCUAUCAAAGUCAACAACCCCCCUCCCGUUUCCACCAUGCCGAGCGGAUAACAUAGACUGCCUCCGCAGAGGUUUUAGGACAUUCUUCUACCUCAUGGACUCUGGCUACCUUGGCAUGACACCUGUAGACCCGUUCAUUAUACACAGCGUUGCGGUUUCAAUGCCUAAUGAACAGAUGUCACUGCUUAUGCGGAGGGUCAACGUUACUGGCGCUAGAUGGACCAAACUGGCUGAUCGAAAGCUGCGGUCCACACUUUCCACCAGACGAGACAUUAAUGUGCAACAAAUGAUCAUGUACAGAAUACGUGUUUGUGUGCAGAUUUUUCUAUUUAUUUUGCUUAAUGGAACCUUUGGUGAAGAGUAUAACUUAUAUGGAGAAGCUGGACAGGCAUACGCUGUAGAGGUUAACCUAGGACACCCUCAUCAACAGCUCAAUGUGAUAGUAGACACUGGCAGUACUACGCUAGCUAUUGCCUCAUACCCUCGUGAAGACAAUGACAAGUACUUCAACUCCAAAAAUUCAACCAGCAUUUAUGACACUGGCACAGUUGUGCACGCCAAAUAUUCCCAAGGCAUGUGGGUGGGUAAACUAGUGUCCGAUUUCAUACAGUUCACAUCACUCCCAAAUGUGCCAGAAGUCAGAACUGAUGUAGCUCUUAUUACAAAGAGUCAUAAGUUCUUUAUGAACGGUUCGGGAUGGCAGGGACUCCUAGGUCUAGCCUAUUUACCGGUAGGAGCGAGGGGCGAGAAUGUUGUAGUGGAAUCCUGGCUUGAUUCCUUAGACAGGACUGUGAACUUACCGACCUCAUUUGAGCUGAAGCUCUGUGGACCUAAGAGUGCUUAUAAUGCUACCCAUUAUGGAAGGUUUAUGUUGCUUGAUUACGACCCAAACAAAAAUACAAACAAAACAUUUCGUACGCCAAUUUUACGCAAGCGUUGGUAUGAAAUCGGCGUGAUAUCCAUUAGAGUGUUAUCCAAUACAACAAAAACUCAACAGUACAUUAUGGAUGAAAGCUCUGAGAAUUCUGGUGAAAUGUGUCAGAAACUGAAUGAUGAGAAGAGCAUACUUGAUAGUGGGACGACUAAUAUAAGGUUGCCUGAUGUACUUUUUAGACAGGUAGUUGAUGAACUCAAAUACGCAGCUCAAAAGUCCAAUGUACUGAUAUUGGAUGAAUUUUGGUAUCACGGAGAGGCAGCUUGCUGGCCGGAACCAAGAGAAUGGUCGCUGCCGUGGUUAGCGAUAGAUAUGCUUAGUGCUGACAAUGAUCGACAAUACUUCACGCUGGAGAUUCCAUCUCAGAAUUACAUGCGAGUAGUGACGGCGCGUAAUAGCAGUAGCAACCGUGAUACUGUGUCGGAAUACUGCUACAAGCUGGGAAUAGAAGCUGGUGGGAAAGAGACCGUACUCGGUUACACCGCUAUGGAGGGAUAUCAGGUGACGUUCAACAGAUCAGCCGGCUGGAUCGGUUUUCAAACAUCAAACUGUGGUCCAAACUCCCGCAUAUCAGGUCCAUAUAAUGCGUCAAUGUCUCUCGUCACUCUUUGCCAUCUCACUACACCCCUUCCCGACACGGCGCUGUCAAUAAAAACAGCCCAAUGGGCUUUAUGUGUAAUAUCCAUUGUAGCCGGUGGAGUUUUGGUAUAUUUACUAGCACCGUGUAUUAAGAUGAUAUUGAUUAGAAAAAUGCCGAAUACACAGAUAUCUUUGUCGCAGGCGGCAUUGGUUGAACAGGAAUCUUAGUGAUUUGUAGGAUAAAAUAUAGCUUUUGUAUAUACUGAUAGUGGGUCCAUGAAUUAUAGAAAGCAAGAUAAAUAUUUAAAAUUCAGGUGGAUUGAAUUAUCCUUUUUUGU